CGCGUCUCUUGUCUUUCUCUUUGAACCCAUUGUAGAGGUUCCACGUAUUCAUCCUUAGAAUCCCUUUCCAUCCAAGGAUGAUUCGGCCAUCUCUAGGGUUCGUUUUGCUUACUGCCUGCUAUAUUUUCACCCUAACCCCUGUGGAUGCAGACAUUAAUCAUGAUUUAGUUUUAAGCAAGGCUUCUCGAAAGAUAGACCUUUCUUCCCAACUGGUCAAAGUUUCCACCAGUAUAACUUUAGAUAAUGGCGGAAACCAGCCGGUCGACUCUUUUCACUUCGCAGUCGAUCCCUCUGUAGCUGAUAAUCUUGCUCUACUAUCUGCAUCGUUCAAAGAUGGUGACGACGAAACAGUCCAUUUAUCGGUGAAAGAGACAGUUAUCCCGUCUCAUAGGGAUCUCAAAAUCUUCUUGGUCAACCUUGCCACACCCCUACAGUCUGGUGGCUCGGUUGAUGUCAGUGUUGAGGAAGUCUUUGCUCACGCCAUGAAGCCUUUCCCGGCCAAAGUUGCCCAAUCUGACAAGCACCAGGUUCUGUUCACUGGUAACCACUACACCUUUGCAGUCUACAAAUCGAAGCAACAGUCUACAACCAUUACCCUAUCGUCAUCAAACAUUGAGUCAUACACCAAACUGAAGCCCAGUAGCCAAUCCGAUAACACAAUUACGCUGGGUCCUUAUAGUGAUGUGGAUGCCUUCAAACAAAGCACAUUGAAGGUCCAUUUCGAGAACAACUCCCCAUUCAUGGCUGUUGUUGACAUGCUGCGCAUUAUUGAGGUAUCACACUGGGGCAAUAUUGCUGUAGAGGAGACCUAUCACAUCAAGCAUGUUGGUGCUGAGCUCAAGGGAUCCUUCUCAAGAUAUGACUACCAACGAACCCCUGCACCAACCUCCAUCAAGUCUUUCAAGACCAUUCUCCCUGCCGCUGCUGCUGAUGUCUAUUACCGUGACGAGAUUGGUAACAUCUCAACCAGCCACAUGCUUAACCAGGAAGAGUCGGUGGAGCUGGAGCUCAGACCACGCUUUCCGCUGUUUGGUGGAUGGCAGACGCGCUACCUGAUUGGUUACAAUGUUCCUAGCUAUGAGUACUUGUACAGCUCAGGCAACAACUAUGUGCUCAAGAUGCGCUUCGUAGACCACAUCUUUGAUGAUUUUGUCAUUGACCAGAUGACCCUGAAAGUGAUCUUACCUGAAGGAAGCAAAGACAUCAAGCUGAAGACCCCGUUCCCUAUUAAUGAAGGCAAGCGAGAGUUGCAGUUCACAUAUCUGGAUACUGUAGGCCGCCCAGUGGUUGUUGCCCACAAGACGAACGUUAUCGAGCAACACAUCCAGGACUUUGCGCUCCAAUACACUUUCAACAAGGUGAUGUUGCUCCAAGAGCCUCUCCUUAUUGUUGGUGCUUUCUACCUUCUCUUCCUGUUGGUGAUCAUCUAUGUGCGCAUGGAUUUCUCCAUCAGUAAGGAUGAGGCAAGUGAGUCCAAGAUGAGAGCUGCUGGCCUUGUAGAGGAAGUGCUUCGCCUCCUUGACCGCCGCUGCGGCCUCUACAAUGUGUACAUGGAUGCUGUCUGCAAGUACAAGUCAAGCAAGGAUGUCGCAGCAUUCACCAAUGCCAGGAAGAAGUUGGACACCGACUACCGUGCAAUUGGAAACCAGGUCACCCAGCUGCAGAAACAGCUUGCCCAUGAGCAGUCUGACGCCGUGGAGAAGAUUGGUGAGCUCCAGCGCAAGGAGCACGAACGUAAGCAGCUUCUUGACCAAGCCAUUGUCAUGGCGGAGAAGGUGGUGAAUGGGCGACUGAACAAGCAGACGUAUGUGGACAACGAGAACAGCAACAAGCAAAAGAGAGAGCGAUUGAGUGGGGAGAUUGAAGCCAUUGCUGCUACUUUGUAAGGCGCCAGACGAAAAUAUGGACACUUAGGAAUUUAAGCCAUCUCACAAGUACCCAUAAACAGCAAAAAGUGAAUGAUGAUGUAUAGAUAGAUACAUAUGUAGGUUCAUAAAGCAUCAUACAAAGAAUCAGUAAAUUAUUAUAUACACUUUUUAGAUCAAUAACAAAGCAUACCAUUUUUACUUAGGUAGUUUACCAAGUUGAUCUGUCUGCUGUUUCUUUCAUGUUGUGAUGUCUGCCAUUUUUGUAUUAGUCUCAAAAAAGAAUAAUAUAUGCACACAAAUAUCAACUAUCAACAUGUUGUGUUCAAGUUUGUGCAUGCUGUAGAAGGAAACUUGUUAUUUCUCAGUGUCCUGUUUUCUAGCAGUAUUGAUGUCAAUGAAUUCUUGUUAUUAGGCCAUUAUUUGCAUUUUUAAAAGAGCCAUCUCUAAAACGAAGUGUAUUGAAUUGUGUACUUCACUAAUAAAAUUGUUACUAUUGUGUAAA